AUGGGAGAUCAUGGAGAAGUAUACUAUCAAGAAGAUAAUCAAGUUGAAUACGAUUUACUUUCAGAUAUAUUCCUAUUGCAAGGUAAAAAGGUUGGCGCAUGUAAUUGGAAAAAAGCUGUGGGAAAAGCAUAUGAAAUGGUAGAUCACCUGGCUCUUUCAUGUUCUAGGGUAUCGGUUGAAGUAAAACAAAUUUUUCUUGAGAAAAUAAGAAAGAGGUCAUCUCUAAAAUUAGAUCAUCUCCUGCCAAGUAAUAAUGAUGAGACCGCAACAAAAAAGGCAAAAAUUAUCCAAAAAAAGAUAACGUCAAUAUUUGAAAGUGAUAAAAUUGAAAAAUCUAAGAUAAUAAGAUGUAAUCGUGCUCUUACACGAUUAUUUGUAUGUUGCGGAAUACCGUUCAGCGUGAUGUCUAAUCCGUUCUUUGUUGAUUUCGUAAAAUGUUUGUGUCCAGCAUAUGAACUACCCAAUCGGGUUACAUUUGCUGGUCCUUGGGUGGAUCAAGAAUUAACAAAUGUAUUAGAAAUUAUUUUAAGUGAGACUCGUUCAACUAAAAAUAUAACAUUAGGUCUCGAUGGCUGGUGUGGGCCAAAUGGUGAAUCAAUAUAUGCGUUUAUCUUAAUUUUACCAUCAGAUGAAAUUCUGAAAGUAAUCGAGGAAGUUGGUCUAGAAAAAUUUUUAUCAGUCAUAUCUGACAACGUAUCAACAAUGGUUGCGGCAAAAAGAUUAGUUAACAAAAAAUAUUCACAUAUAAUGCCCAUAGUGAAUUAUUUUCAUAGGUCAUACAAAGCUGGAGCUUUGUUAUCUGAAAAUAUUAAAGAUAAUCUUAUUGAAGGAGGUGGGUUGAAAGGAUAUUGCAAAACCCGUUGGUCAACAGCCUUUGAUUGUCUCAUGUCGAUUUUAAGAUGCGAAAGGUCUUUACAUAAUAUUCUUGAAAUCCAGCCUGAUACGCUUAGUAGUGAGGUUAAAAAUUUACUUCGAAAUCAGAUUUUUUUCCAGAAUGUUGAGGAAUUAAUUAAAAUUAUUAAACUGAUUAAAGAAGUUUUAACUUCUUUAGAAUAUAAGAUGACUACCCUUUCAGACUGUUUUAUUCAGUUAAUGAAAUUUGAAAUAAUGAUUCAAAUUCCAAAUGUGCUAAAUCAAGAAUUUCAUUCUUAUUGUUUGGAAAAAUUCAACCUAAGUUUUAAUGAUAUUACCGAAUUUUCAGAAGAAGUUGAGGAGCAAGAAGAAGAAUUUAAUCAACUUGACGAAGAAGAAGAUUUUGAUCAAGAUAAUGAAGAACUUCCUAAAGAAAAUAAUGAAAUAAUAAUUGAUAAGUAUUUUGAUAUAAAUGAAGAGUUGCGAAAAGCGCUGAGAGUAGAAGUUAGAGUAGUUAUUGAACAACCAGCAGUAUCCGCUUAUGAUUAUGGUGAAAAAGAAUUUGAUAUUAAUGAAUUAUUGGAUUCUACAUUGAAUUAA